AUGGCCGCUGCAGUGUCUCCCCCGACGAGGAGCCAGGAACACCAGGCAACGCACAAGAAGUCGCCCACCGAACCUAAUGUGCUGAACGUCGUCCUGGGUAACAUCCAGGUUAAGCCAUGGUAUCCCUCAUUCUACCCUGAAGAUCUCGUCGGUCGGAAGGCCGAGCGCCUCUAUGUCUGCGAGAGCUGUUUUCGCUACUCCAAAGAGCUCAUGCCAUAUCUGGCACACAGAAGAGUCUGUCCACUCAAGGACGCACCGCCGCCGGGAACACUGAUAUAUCAAACGGCCGACCAAUCGAUAUACGAGAUUGAUGGUGAAGAGCACAAGCUGUAUUCUCAGAAUCUCUCCCUGUUCGCGAAACUCUUCCUCGACACAAAGUCCGUUUUCUACGAUGUCACGACAUUCCGAUACUACCUUCUCGUGCUUACGGACCCGCAAAAUGCCGAAACACAAGUCGUGGGCUUCUUCAGCAAGGAGAAGAUGAGCUGGGACAACAACAAUGUGGCUUGCAUUCUGGUCUUUCCACCCUGGCAGAAACGUGGUCUGGGUCAGUUGCUGAUGGGCGUGAGCUACGAACUAAGUCGUCGCGAAGGCAGACUCGGUGGCCCCGAGAAACCCCUAUCGAGUCUUGGAAGAAAGGCAUAUCUAGCAUACUGGUCAGCCUCGAUCUGUCGCAACAUCUUGUCGAAUCCUUCGAAUCGAUCUUGGACUGUGGACCAGAUCGUUCAACAGACUUGGAUUGCACCCGAGGAUGUGGUCAUGGCCCUGAGCGAAACGGCCAUGAUCGAGCCGAACAAAUUGCCCGAUGGAUCAGUCGUGUUGGUCAGGGGCAAGAUCGAAACCUGGGUCCGGGCACAUGAGACGGCGGCGGCCACGCCGGCCAUUGAUAGGACCGCCUUCACGCAGACCUUCCGUGACCAGAAACACCGAAGUACGAAGUACGAAGCCGGAAGAUAG